GUUUACUUGCAUUUCUUUUCCUGCAAAACUUUUGCGAGAAGCUUCAUUGUGCAUUUUCCGUUUGUGAACUGCGGUAACAACUGGGGAUCUCUACAUCAAAUCUUUCGAAGCCGAAAUCAGGUAUUUUACACGAAUCUCUUAUUUCAAGUUAAUCGAAGUGUUUCUCUCCUUUCUCCCCUUCUGUGAGUUUGAGAAAAUGUCAUCAGAAAGAACACAAAGUAUAGUAGGGAGUGAGGUGGAGCCCCUGGACUAUGGGGGCAUGGACAGUGAGAGUAGUCCGUCCCCGUCUAGUUCGGAGAAAACGGUGGAGGGGGUGAGAGGAGAUGAGAUGGUGGAAGUUGGGGAAGGAGAUGUGGUAGAGGUGGGGUAUAAUGAGGGAGGAGGGGUUGAGGUAGAUAGUAUACCCAUCACCGUAGUAGAAGUAGAAAGUAAUGGGGAGAGAGGUUAUGAUAGGAAUGCAGAGAUAGUGGAAGAAGUGAAGCAGUAUCGAUCUGAACUAAGGACCAGGGAGGACCUGUGUCACUUAGUGGAAACGUACGAGAUCUCUUCUCGGGUAUUAGUUAGGCCAGCUGGGGUAGAGGAGAGGGCAUGUUCUGCUCCUCGGGAUCCUUGGAUGCCCGUAUAUUCCCAUUAUUUGUAUGCUGGGCUUAAGUUUCCAAUUCUCGAGUUGCUAAUAGGGGGUAGUAGGAGAGAUAAGGGGUGGUAUUAUUUCACCCUGAGGGUAGCUAAUAAGGAGGGUAGGAUUUUAUUCACUGCGGGUCCUUCAUCCAUUAAGGGAUGGAAGGAAAAAUUCUUUUUUGUGGAUGACACGGAAUGGGGGAAAGGGGAUGCUGAGGUGAGGGCGUUAGUCUCCUGGAAGGCCAAAAGGGCCAACCAGAAUAGGUUUAGUUUGAAUGGGGACGAAGAGGAAGAAGUGGGGAGGUUGGUGAGGAAGAGGGGGGAUGUACUAAAUAUUAUGGACCUCACCAGCGCAGCAUGCAUAGAGGCUGCUGAGCUCUAUGGGCUAAGCGCUUUGAGUGAAGCUGACAUGGAACAGUUUCUGAAUACUGCUGGAGGGAAGGCUAUCCCCAAGAAGCCAAGGAAGAAGUCAAGGACUUCAGCUAAGCAAGUGGAUGAGGGGAGAGCUGGGAAGGAGGUAGUGCCCUUAGCACUAGCUGAGGUGGAGGAGGAGGUGCCAGCACUGAAGAUGAAGGGUUGGGAGGAGAGGAGGGCGCUGCAGAAGAAGUAGAAGGUGGUGGAGGAAGAGGGGAGUGGGGUGCCUGAGUUCGUACCU